UUGUUUCUUUUGGUCUUCCAUUUUACUCCUGGUCUGCGAACUAAGGUUCCCCCUUGUUUGAGACCUCGAAGGUCAAAGAAAUUUAGCGAAGAUGAAUAGGGAAAAGUUGAUGAAGAUGGCCGGUUCAGUUCGAACUGGUGGGAAGGGUACCAUGAGAAGAAAGAAGAAGGCCGUCCACAAGACAACUACUACAGAUGACAAAAGGCUUCAGAGCACCUUGAAAAGAAUAGGGGUGAAUGCUAUCCCUGCAAUUGAAGAAGUUAACAUCUUCAAGGAUGAUGUAGUUAUCCAGUUUCUAAACCCUAAAGUUCAAGCGUCAAUUGCUGCUAAUACCUGGGUUGUUAGCGGCGCUCCUCAAACAAAGAAGUUGCAGGAUAUACUCCCGAACAUUAUCCACCAAUUAGGACCAGACAACCUGGAAAAUCUGAAAAAGCUAGCAGAGCAGUUCCAGAAGCAGGCUCCUGAAGCAGCAGGUGCUGGUGCAAACGCCGAGCAAGAGGAGGAUGACGAUGAGGUCCCGGAUCUUGUUGCCGGGGAGACCUUUGAGACAGCUGCUGAGGAGAAGACCCAAGUAUCUUAGAUUAGCGUUUGACUGUGCCAAUAUUUGCUCUUGUUUCCAAGCUUGCUUUUUUUCCUUUUCAAAUUUCAAGUAUUUACAGGUGCUUCAUGUUUACUUUAAAUAGUAGCAAUACUCCUGAAUCAGCUUUCCGUCCUCCUACUAAUACCUUACCUGUAUUAAGUCAUUCAUGCGCCUCGUCGUUGAAGGUAGCAACCAGUUUUGCUGCUUUACGUGCAAUCUGAGUUCACAUUUGGGUCCAAGAAGCAAUGAAGGGACAGUGAAACGAUAUUUUUUAUCUUGCGUAGGGCUUGCCAAAGUAAUUCAAGAGAUCGAUUAUUUCUGCAUUAA